GUUUAGGAAACAGGAGAAUAAUGGAAAUGGAAAAGAAACUGAAGAAGAGGAAAUACUUUCUCAAAAUGAUCAUAAUAGGCGACUCAGGAGUAGGAAAGACCUCCCUCAUCCAUCGGUAUGUCUCCACUAGGUUCAUACAGGAGUUUAAGCCUACCAUUGGUGCUGAGUUCUCCACAAAGGAAAUCGAAAUUGAUGGCAACCUUGUAGGAGCCCAGAUUUGGGAUACAGCCGGUGAAGAGAGAUAUCAAUCCCUUGGAGUGUCCUUCUACCGGGGAGCUGACUGAUGAGGAAUCGUAUUUGACAGAAGUAAUAGAGAUUCCUUCGAAAAGCUAAGUCAAUGGAGAAAAGCUUUCAUUAGCCAAGGUGCUCCUGAAGACCAAGAAGAAUUUCCCUUCAUUAUCAUUGGUAAUAAAUCUGAUCUUACAAACGAAGUCCUCAUUAAAAGAUCUGAAGUGGAAGAUUGGUGAACUCAAUAUGGAAACUAUGUUUACAUUGAAGCAAGUGCAAAAGACAAUAUUUCUGUUGAAGAAGUAUUUGAAACCCUAAUGAAAACUGGAAUGGAUAGACAAAUUGCAAACCCUCAUUUCCCCAAGAAGAUGUCAGCCAAGGGAAGAAGUCUGCAUCUCAAUCAAAAAUCCGACCGGAAGGACGACUCCAAAAGAGAUGGGUGAUGAGGGUCUUAA